AUGUUUCUGAUCUGUGCUGCAGUGGUCAAAGUAAUCUUCAGCCUGACUCCAAUAGGAUUGACUGAGUGUGAGGGUAAGCUGAUGAGCUUGGUGUCGGCUGGUGUGUUCCUACAGACAAACAGAUUGACUUUGCCUUAUAUUUAUUUGCAUUCACAUAACUGCUCAAUGAUGCCUCUUGCAUCACAGUGGCCUGUAGAUGGAAGUCAGUGGAGGCUGCUGAGGGGAGGACGGCUCAUAAUAAUGGCUGGAAUGAAGUAAAUGGAAUGGUAUCAAAAACAUGGUUUUCAUGUGUUUGAUUCCAUUAGACUCCAUUCCAUCCAUUAGACUCCAUUCCAGCCAUUAUUAUGAGCCGUCCUCCCCUCAGCAGCCUCCACUGAUGGAAGUAUAUCUCCAUCUUAACCUAUGCAAAGUUUUAUUAGUGAAGACGAGUCUUAUUCACUUCAAGUCCUUAAAGUUCUGAGCCUUACAUGCAUUUGCCUCACACAUAUGAGGAGAGUCUGAUAUAGAACAACUAGCUCAGCAGUAUCAGCAGGAUAUUAUUAUAAUAAUAUAUGCUAUUUAGCAGACACUUUUAUCCAAAGCGACUUACAGUCGUGUGCAUACAUUUUUAAGUACAGGUGGUCUUGGGAAUCAAACCCACUAUCCGGGCAUUAAAGCGCCAUGCUCUAACAAAUGAGCUAAAGAGGAUGUUGCAGUAGGAUGUUGGAGUUGCUACAGUAUAUAUUAAGAGUCUAAGGACCUCUACUGAUGUUGCAGUAGGAUGUUGGAGUUGCUACAGUAUAUAGUAAGAGUCUAAGGACCUCUACUGCUGUUGCAGUAGGAUGUUGGAGUUGCUACAGUAUAUAGUAAGAGUCUAAGGACCUCUACUGCUGUUGCAGUAGGAUGUUGGAGUUGCUACAGUAUAUAGUAAGAGUCUAAGGACCUCUACUGCUGUUGGAGUUUCUACAGUAUGUUGUGAUGGCUUUAUGUUUCUCUGCUAUUCUAUAGAGAGAUUAUAUUUGACCCAGAUCUCUCCUAUUCUUUCUCUGUCAUUUGUUCAUUUUAUUCAUCAUGUAGAAACAUUAAUUUUCAUACUUGUUUUGCCAAUGCUUUAUAAUCAAUUCCAGAAGACAGAAUGAGAACAUGCGGGUCAAAUUGGACCCCAUUACAUUCAUGUGCUAUUUAAGGUGCUAUCUGAUCAAAGAGGGUCACUACUGUUAACGUCCACACACUUACUGAGUAGGAUGAAAACAAAGUAGAACAGCUUGAGAACAGGACUGAGGCAAUAACCAGGUAUGAAUAAAACACAACAGUCAUACCACAAAGAUAAUAACAGUCAUACCACAAAGAUAAUAACAGUCAUACCACAAAGAUAAUAACAGUCAUACCACAAAGAUAAUAAAGUUCUAUAUUUCUCUUCUCCUCCUGCCUUCUUUCUGCAGAUGUCCUUCCCAGGGAAUGUCCACCUGGUGGUGGUCCUGCAGCCCACCAGCAUCCAGACUUCAGCCAGGAUGACUUCAUGCUCAAGAUGCCUGUAAGAUGUGAAGAUGAUGAAACCAAGUCUUUUUAGGAUUGUUAAGCAAAUACCAAUAUAGUGUAUAACGUGGUUAAGGGACAGUAUGGGGUGAUCACUGUGGAUGUUGAACUAGUUGUUUCAACAGUCUGACGUAACAUAAAGACUGUGAAGGGGUCUAUUAUAACAGUAAUCAUUUUACCCCCCCAUAAAAAUAUAUAUAUAUAUAUUUUUUUUUAAAUAAUAAUAAUAAUACAAAAUAUAAAAAAAAACAAAAAAAGUAUUAUUGAUUCUGGUUGUCAUGGUGGUUCUGUGUUGUACCCCUUGGUCUGCGACUCUGCGUCCCUCCACAGGUGGUCAUGCUCAGCUCAGUUACAGACCUUCUUCGCUACAUCGAUGAGAACCAGCUGACCUCAGAGUUUGGUGGAACUCUGGAGUACUGCCAUAGUGACUGGAUUGUCCUUCGUACAUUUUACAUUUACCCUUUAGUCAUUUAGCAGACGCUCUUAUCCAGAGCGACUUACAGUUAGUGAGUGCAUACAUUUUUAUUUUUUAUACUGGAAUCGAACCCACAACCCUGGCGUUGCAAAUGCCAUGCUCUACCAACUGAGCUACAUCCCUACGGUAAACAUGCAUUCCCACAGUGUCACCUACAGCAACACGUCGAUUAUAGGCAGACCUGGUAUUUUGGAAUACUGUCCACAUCAACAACAUGUACACAAUUAAACAGCAAGGCAGCCUAGAUUUGCAAUGUGGCCGAAUACAUAACAAAUUAGGGCUUUUGGUAAAAGACAGAAAUGCAUUAUCGUUUGUCUCCCUCUGCAGGCUAUUGAGAGAUUUGCUGUGACGGUAAAGGAGAUAGCCCAGUUGUUCGGCACGAAGCUCGCUGAGACCGAGCUACCAGAUGAGGCCGACGCCAUCGAGUUCCAACUCAGGUCCCAAGCUGACCAAAACAGGCAGCUGAAAGUAAGACAUCUCCCAUGACAACCUUGAAAGUGUUCUUUCAUUGUAAGUCUGUAGUAGUAGAGCAUAGAGUAGAACUGAACAGUCAAAUGUACAAGAUGGCGCCGUACUGAAUGGCUGCUGUUUUGCAAGCUCCAGCCCAACUUUGCUAUUUUGUGAUUAUUUUGUAGUUUAUUUUUACGAAAUGUAUCCGCUAUUAUUUCUUACAACCGACAAUAAAUGUUGAACAUCAGAUCGGUGUAAGGUUCUGUAUUUAUUUUCUUAGUCAACCUUGUGUUCUUGUACUUAGCCCUGUUUCUUUGUGUUCUUGAACGUAGCCCUGUUUCUUUGUGUUCUUGAACGUAGCCCUGUCUUUCAUUUUUGUUCAUUGAUUUCACCUGUGUUAGUUGCUCACCUGGUCUCAUUAGCUCCUUAUUUAGUUCAGUUCAUUCUGUUUGUGCCUUGUGAGGUAUUGUUCGUUUUGACGCUACUAAACCUUUGCCUAGCUCGUUUGUGAGAACCAGUCCUAGUUUUUGAUUCUCCUGCCUGUUUGCCUACCUGUGUAUGACCAUUGCCUGCCUGUGACCACGAUUCCUGCCUUCUGCGAAAUAAACACCUGCCGCGCUCUGCGUGUGAAUCUACACCUUUUUCUUCCUGAGUAUUCAUUACAAUCGGAAGUUACUCACCCCAAUUCCGGCUUCUACUUCAACUCAUCGGCCCUCUGUAAUUUCAACCCAAUUUUCGACCUACCCAAGAGGAAACCCCGGCGUUACAGAGACUAGAUCCUGUGAUGUUAUGAAUAACAGAAUAACAAUUAUUUGCAGGAUGACAUCCGGUCAGUGAUGAGGGAGGCCCGUUACCUGCUGUCCAACCUAGAAGCACGCAAGGCUGAUGGCCAAGAGGAUAGAGAUAUCAAACAGGACUGGGACACAGUACAGAGGUACAGUAAACGUGUAUUAUAUAUAUUUAUUGGUUGUCACAUAUUAAUGAUGCAACAUAACAAUCAUUUAAUUCUUCAGGCGUACUUUUAAAAAGAUGGGUCACAUGAUAAAGUGUGUCCACGUUGGUGUGUAGUAUAUUUUGAUCUCAGGUUAUCGUGGUAAUGGUAGCCAUGCGGUUCUGGAGGGAUUAUUGUUUUGAGAGAUUUAAGUGUCGACCUGUAGCUUGUGUUCCAUCUGUUUCCCUCAGGCUUCUGGGCCAACUACGAGACAUGGAGAUGGGUUUUUUGAGAAGCGUCACCUGACGCUGCAACAGUACCUCCAAUUGAUGAGAUUAGCUUUAAUGAGGUCUGUUUAGAGUGGUAAAGUGUCAAUCUGUGUUAUAUUGACCAACAAACGGUAAUAACAUUUUAGUGUCAAAAGUACUAACUUCCUUUUUGCUGUGGCUCAGAUGGAGGAGACCCUGGAGCAGCUGAUUGGUCAGGAGAAGGAGGUCGCUGCGGUGGGCGGACUGUGGCCAGACAGAACAGCUACUGAAAGACCUGGAGUCACUGGACACCCACGUACAGGUCAUGGUCCGACUACAUAAUCUACCCGCGUACAGGUCAUGGUCCCACUGCACAAACUACCCAUGCACACUUUACCCUGAUCUAGUACAUCUUCAUUAGAUUAUAGUUUCUGACAGAGAAACAUAACCUACUCCAGACAGGUACGGUAUGAUGGGGUUUUGUGGUUGUUAGGAGGAGCUGGGCCGUGCCCAGAUCAUCCUGCACGGCCACCAAUUACCACUACGUUCUGGCCCUGAUCAUCCAGUGCUGUAACGAGCUGCGACACCACUGUGACAUGCUGACCACUGCCAUCCGAGCCAAACUGGCUGCCCUCACCCUCAAACGCCACCUGCUGCUGCGUCUGGAGGAGGUAUGCAAACACCUACACACACAAUUAUAACCCCAUCCCUCCAUAUCCUGGUCCAGGGGCUCCUCCAUCUAAGCAACAGGAAAAAGGAAGUUAGUCUGUGAUGGUCAGUGUAUCAUGCUACCAUGCGUUUUUGUCUGCCUUCAGGCCCGGCGCUGGUGUGACGAGGGGGCUUACCUCUUAUCCAAUCAGCUGGUAGAUAAGUUCCAGUCCAAGGAGGGAGUGCAGGCAGCGCUGCAGGAUAUAGAGACUCCAGGAGGAGGCACCGUCGUGUCUGAGCUAAAGCCCUGAUGUCCUCAGUCUGGAGUUUGAGGCCAUCCUGACCCCUCAGCUACAGGUAUACUGUACAUCCCUGCUUCGGUGUCAGUCACUUUUCCACCCAGCCUUGCUCCAAGCCAUCCCAAAGCGCUCUUGUAUGACGAUAACAUCCGGUAACUGCCAACAAGGCAAACAUUACAUAUUUCUGUCAUCAAUACUACAAUGCAGCUACGGUAAUGCUAAUACUAUCAUUAUCAACAACCUACUGUUGCCAGCACUUCCCAACUGUCUCCAUCAUGCAGAUCAAAUAGGCCUAUCGACUUCUAUCAGUAACAUCUCCAAUCGCUCUCACUCAGACUCAGAUUGGGGUGGCCAUUGAGAUGCUGUCUGCCAUGCAGGGAAUGAUCCACAACAGACAGGCGUGUCUGAGGAAGCUGGCUGACAAUCAGGUUCCGGCCCAUCCAGCUAGUGGCCCCUCCGCCUGA